GUGUGUGUGUGUGUAUGUGACUAUGUGUAAUUCUUCAACUCCCCAGGAACAACAUUCUACUUUAAACUGGAAAAGACAGACAGUGAAAGUUCACUAGAUAAAUCUCUCCCGGAUAAAACUUAAUUACACCUACAUCACGGAUUUUCAACAAGAGUUAAUUAUACACAUCCUAAGUGUCAAGUGAUAAAAAAACAGAUAAUAAUAAGAUCCAGUAACAGUAGCAAUCAAGCGAUCAGUAUAGCCCUGUGUGAGAACUGGACCCUACUCCUUUCAGAAUGGCUUUUUAUGAAAAUAAAAUAGGAUUUCAUGAAACUCAUGUGCUGGGGGACGAAGAAGAGGCCGAUCAAAACAGACUUUUACUGAACUGCAAGAAGAAUCCUGGCCAUGGAGUCUUCACACCUGUGGAGUCGUUUAGUUUGUACGACCUACCCAGAAAUUAUCGUGACAAUGAUCUGUUAGAUCUCAUCAAAGCUGCAGCUGACAUGACGGUCAGAGUCGAUGUCAAGAAGACCAGUCCAGACAGGCCUCAGUUCUGGCCAGGCACUUACGGGCCAUACCCUUUCUAUACUAUGAGAGGAAAGACAAAUUUGCGGAUGGGAAGCGGAAGAGUGAAGUGGGUUUAUAAGCAUACGGACGUCAAUAGUAUCCGGGUCAAGGACGAGGACAUCAAAUGUUUAUGCGUGAAAUGUCAACACAAGCCUAGCAACGUGGUGUGGGAGUUAAUUGUGGAUACAGCCACACAUGUGGUAUUUGAUGAUGUGGAGGCUAAGCAUACCACAUUGAGAUUGUUUUACGACAGCGACGACGACAGCUCGCAAAUCAUCCUUGACAGCCCCCAGGCGUUCAUAGUGAAUGUUGAGAGAGAUUGGUGCAGUCUGAGAUACGUGACCUGCGCAAAGGAACUGGGGGAGAAGCUGUACCAAAUCAAAGAAAACUUAGUUAACGUCUGGAGUAAAGUCUAUUACAAAUACAGGCUAUCCAGAGAAGAUGACAGGCUGGCCUUUAUAGUGUCACACCCUCAUGGCUGUCCUAAGCAGAUCAGCUUUGGUCAAUGGAUCCAGAAACGUCGAGUGGGGGAUAAUUUUGUUCAGUUUACCUAUACAGUAGCUACUUGUCCCGGAAGCAGCGGGGCUACUGUUUACUGCCUUGGAUUCAGACGGUGGUCUUAUCUUCUAAUACAUAGUGGUGCAACACUCUAUGGACUUAAUUUUAGUGGUAAUGGUUAUGUUAAAUAAUACGUGACACUUUAAAAAAAAGUGAUUCUCUUCAUCAAACAUGCUAUAUUAGUAACCACUAGAUAAACGGGAAAAUACCAUGUUGAAUAGGACAACCUACUAUAUAUAGUUUAAUCUCAUAGGCAGCAGAUUACCCGGAUAUAAAUAUAUCUUCAUAUUAACAGGAUGGGGGAAAUGCCUCGAUACCAUAUAGAAAAUUAAUCAUGGUUAGAAAUAUAAGCUUCGUGUUUCGCUUUUUUUUUUUAACUGAUGUUAGUGUUUUGUUUUUUUCCAAAACUAGAUGAGAUCUACACGCUUAUGAUAUUAGUGACUGAGCUGACCACAUAUUUAGCCGACUUUGUAUACACAAAACACAAGAGAUUUGGUAUAAUAGUCAUAGAAGGAUUUAGUCUUGACCGUAAUAGAGAUAUAGGGCCCUUUAUAAUCUUAUCUUAUCUUAUAUAAUACAGACGUUACUUCAAAAAAGAAGAUGAUUACGUCCUACGCGUCAUGCAUUUAGUCAUGCAUAUUAACCAAUGACUUAAAUUCUGCCAAGUCACUGGUUUUCCUGGCUAGCUCAGGCAACCCAUUCCAUGCUCUAAUUGCACUAGGGAAGAAGGAGCACUUGUACAAAUUUGUCCUAGCAUAUGGGACGAGGAAUGUGCCUUUAUCUUUGUGUCUUUCAGAGUAUUUUAUUAAAUUUUGUUUUUGUAUUUGAAGAUUAUGGUUCAGUGUUUUAUGUAUUAUUGCUACUUUACUUUUGAGCCUUCUGUCCUGAAGGCUUUCUAAAUUUAGUGAUUUUACUAAAGGUGUUACUCUAGUCAAAUGUGAAUAUUCGUUUGUUAUGAAUCGCACUGCUCUAUUUUGUGUCUGUUCUAGUUUCUUAAUGUUUUCUUGAGUUGAGGGGUCCCAAACAGAGGAUGCAUAUUCUAUUAUUGGCCUAACCAAGGUUAAAUAACAUUUUAGUUUUAUGUUCUUAUUUGAUUUAUAGAAAUUUCUUUUAAUAAAUCCUAAUGCUUUGUUUGAUUUUUUUGUAGUUUCAUCAAUAUGUGGAUUCUAUGACAGUUUUUCAUUUAUUAUAACACCUAGGUAUUUUGCGUUUUUAGUCUGUGUUACUGGUUUGCCAUGAAUAAGAUAAGUGGAAUUAAUUUGUUUUAGUUUUUUUGUUACUCUUAACAACUGACAUUUUUCUGGGUGGAAAGACAUGCUCCAAUUUGAUUCCCAUUUCUGUAAUUCAUCUAAUUCUCUUUGUAAAAUAUCUGUGUCUUGUGUUGUUUUUAUUGUUCUAUAUAUUAUGCAAUCGUCUGCAAAUAAUCUGACUUUUGUUCCUGAAGUAAUGCAAUUUGGUAAAUCAUUUAUGUAAAUUAAAAAUAGUAGUGGACCCAAGACUGUUCCUUGAGGUACACCUGAGUUUACUGUUAUCGGUGUUGAUUUAGAGCCAUUUAUUAUUACAGUUUGUUCUCUCCCUAUCAGAAAGUCUUUAAUCCACUGAUGCAGUGGACCAUUAAUGCCGAAAUAUUUUAAUUUUUUAAGCAAACUAUGGUGGUGAACUUUGUCAAAAGCCUUAGAAAAAUCUAGUAAGAUAGCAUCUAUUUGUUCACUAUUAUCUAAACCUUUUGAAAAAUCAUCAAUUAGUCCUAUUAGUUGUGUUUCACAUGAUCUAUAUUUCCUAAAGCCAUGUUGGUAUGGUGUGAGGACAUUAUGUUUGUCUAAGUGGUUUAUGAUGUUGCUACAUAUUAUGUGUUCUAGGAUUUUACAUGUAAUGCUGGUAAGUGAUACUGGUCUGUAGUUUCCUGGGUCAGAUUUUUCUCCUUUUUUAAAUAGGGGGGUGACAUUAGCUUCUUUCCAGUCCUUUGGUACUCUGCCCUGGUUAAGUGAAGCCUGAAAGAGUAUUUUGAACACUGGGGCUAGCUCAUUACUUAGUUCUUUGAGUAAUCUAGCUGGAAUACCAUCAGGUCCAGAAGCUUUAUUUGGUUUGGUGUUGGCUAAUAGUUUUUGAAUUCCAUUUUCUUGUACUACUAUAUCUUCUAUGUUGUCUACUUGGUUCAAAUUCAGUAAUAUGUCUUUGUCUCCUGGGGCUGAGAAUGCUGAUGCAAAGUAUUUGUUUAGAAUGUUUGCUUUAGUUUCAUUAUCAUUAUGUAUUAUGUUAUGUUCAUCUUUUAAUGGCGCUACGCCUGUUGUUUCCAUUUUCUUAGACUUAAUGUAUGACCAUAGGUUUUUGUUGUUGUCUUUAGAUAUUACAUUGUUUAUGUAUUCACUCUGCAGCUGUCUGCUUACUUUUUGGGUUAAGUGUUUAAUUUUUAUAUACUUUUUGUAAACUCUUUCUGCAUUAGUUUCUUUAAAUUUUCUAUAUAGGUUUUCCUUCUGUUUACAAAGCUUCUUUAGUCUAUUAUUAAACCAGCAUUUAUUUAUUUUGUUUGAUGUGUAUUUAGUUGGUAUUUGAUUUUCUAUAAUGCUUUUAAGAUGGUUUUUAAUGAAAUUCCAGAGGUCAUCGACUGGUUGGUUAAUGUCUUUUUCUAAUAAGAAUGUUUGUUGAAAGUUUAAUGCAGCUUGGUGUAGUUGUGUUAGGUUACAUUUAUUCCAGAGUAAGAUUUUUCUUUUGGGUUUUGUAUUGGCUACUGCUUUUAUCUGACUGUGUAUUUUUAUGAUUUCAUGGUCUGAUAGACCAGGGAUAAUAUCAUAAUCAACUACUAAUCCAGGUCUGUUGGUUAAGAAGAGAUCUAAUAUGUUGUUUAAUCUAGUUGGCUUUUUAAUGAUUUGAUCUAAACUUAGGUAAGUAGGUAACUUAGAUAAGUUAGUACAAAAUAGGAUUUCCUGAUACCUAGAGGCCACUAGAGGGUUAAAUUUAUAUACAAUUAAAAAGAUUUUUUUUCUAAAAUCAUUAUUUGUCCACUUGGACGAUUUAAAAAAAAAAAGAGGGGGCAAAAAAAAGUGGAGCCCCCAAAAGCUAUAGUUUUAUGUAGCUUAUAGGUCUAUCUAAAUCUUGCACUGGUAAUGGUAGAGGAAGGGGGUACAGGAGACUAAGGUGGUGACUGUGUUUAAUGGUUGGCACAGAGCUAAAGUAAAAAUAUACAUAGACUUAGUUGCAGUGCUGAGUUGAACUUGCUUAUAGACGUUUCACUCUUCUCGUUUAGCAAAACUCCAAGACCUCCAACAGUCCUGCACUCAGUAGCGUAGCUAGGAAUUUGCAAUCAUUUUGGGUGCCUGGGGGGGGUCUUGCUUUUCGUGUAAUAUUUAAUGUAAAAAACACUCGUUUGGGGGCUCCCCUCAAGUGGGGGCCCGGGGGAUUUUCAAAUCCCCCCCCCCCUAGUUCGGCAUCUGCCUGCAUUCUUGUUGUUGCUUUUUUUCAGCAAAAUUUUCAUUUUUUUUUUCAAAACUAUAGAAUUAUAAGCUUACACCAUAGACUGUACAUAAAGUCUAUGGCCUACACUUAAAGACCUGAAAAUAUGUCUAUCUCAAUGAUGUGACCAGCUGAGUUUAGAGAAUACUUACUUUAAUUAUAUUGCAAAUAAAUACAAUCAAGAAAGAUAAAUAGUGGUUUAAUAUAAGCGUGUGUAAAUAAAUAAAACCCCUACUACCUGAAUAUAUUUUCGUUAAUUUAAUACAAAGAUAUAAAGGUUCGGCUUCAAACAUAAUGUUAUUUACUACUUUCUGUAUUUUAAUUCCUAGUAGUAUAUUUAAUUGGUCUUAAAAAGCCAUAUUUAAACAUACCUAUUAAUUUGAUGUGCAUAUUGUAAUGAUUACAGUUUAUUGCCAUUCAUAUGACACUUUUAUGUUUAGGAUUGUGUUUACGAUGUAAUGCUUACGUCCCUUGGAGUAUAUCCAAAGGCACACACAUAAUCGGUUGCCUGGGAAUCAUGAUUAAAACACACUGAAAAGA